AUGCUUCGAAGACCUAUGCUGGUAGCUGAAUCAUUGGAUAUUGAGUACCCUGAAAAUGGCGGGUAUUCAACAGAGAUGUCAUCUGGGAGUGGGAGUCUAUCAGAAGUUCAAGUUAAACUAAUAGUUAAACGUGCACGUCUUGAACAGUCAAUCGCCUGGAAUUCAUUGGCUAGAUUAAAUUUAAGCAAGUACAGAUUCAAUUUCACCGCUGAAGUUCUUCCGCCUGGAGCAUCUACAAUACCUGCACUCAAUUGUAUCCCAUUUUAUGUAACCCCUAUUGUUCGUAGUUGGCGUCCACAUUAUGAUCAAGUUGUUAACUUCAAAGCUGAUGUUGAUAGUAUUGUUGAAUUUCGUCUUUCAGUACGUGAAAGUAAACGUGAUGAAGGCACAGAAGUUGGCUUUGGUCGAUUUUCUAUACGUAGUGUUUCAGCCAGUAAUGGCAAUCAGUUAAAUAAUUUAACAUUUUCACAACCAAUCUUACCAUUACCGUGGUUACAGAAUUCUAAUAUCGGUGCAUCUACUGUCCUAGGCAAUCUUGAUUUAGUUAUCACUGUACCAGUACGUCAAUUGAACAGUGCAUUAUUAGCUCAACACUUGUCCAGAUCAGCAUCCAGAUUAACAAUACGUCAUACUAAUCAGGUGAACGGUCGUCACAAUCCAUCACCACGUCGUGAUAUUCCACGUAAUACUGGUUCAAUAAGAAUGCCAACUACGAAUGUUAACAAUGCUAGUAAUACUAAUAAUACUGCUACUAGUAAUACUACUAAUAAUAAUACAAAUUCAACAGAAAGUACUUCAUCAGUACAGAAUUCAUCUUCGACUAGUUCAGAGAAUCCAGAUGAUGGACCUUUACCGCCAGGUUGGGAAAUUAAAUAUACAGCAGAAGGUCGAAAAUAUUAUGUGGAUCAUUUGACUAAAAGUACCACAUGGUGUAAGCCUUCACCUCUUCCACCUGGCUGGGAACGUCGAACAGACAGUGUUGGACGUGUGUAUUAUAUUGAUCACAAUACUAGAACUACUACAUGGUUAUGCCCAAAUCAAACACUCUUAAAUACAGUAGAAAAUUUUCAACAAUUAGCUGCUACACGUAAUGGUGUUCUACACCAACAAAUGAAUGAACGUUAUGCUAAUGCAGUAUGGAAUACUGGUGGUAUGCUACCAGACGGUAGUUCACGAACAAAUACCUCAGCUUGUGGAGUAAUGGAUCCACUUGGUCCUCUUCCAGCUAAUUGGGAACGACGUGUCGAUAUGUCUGGUCGCUCUUAUUUUGUUAAUCAUGUUAGUCGAAUAUCCCAAUGGGAAGAUCCUCGAAUACAAGGUCAUCCAUUACCAGCUGGUUGGGAAAUUCGUUAUACAACUGAAGGAUUUCCAUUUUUUGUUGAUCAUAAUACAAAAACGUCUACAUUUAAUGAUCCCAGACGAAAAGAUGCAAGUGGUAAUAUUGAACAAGCUUGGUCAUUUGAAAAUAAAGUCUCCAGUUUCCGCUAUCUUUGUCAUUCAAAUUUAGUUACUAAAAAUGUUAAAGUUGUUGUAUCUCGUAGUAAUCUUCUUGUGGAUUCAUUUGAACAAAUUAUGCGAUUAAAAGCACAUGAAUUACGUUGUCGAUUAUUUAUAUCAUUUACUGGUGAAGAAGGUCUUGAUUAUGGUGGUUUAUCAAGAGAAUGGUUCUUUAAACUUUCUACGGAACUUUUAAAUCCCAUGUAUUGUUUAUUCGAAUAUGCCAGUGGUAAUAAUUAUGCCUUACAGAUUAAUCCUGCCUCUUCAGUUAAUCCUGAACACUUGGAGUAUUUCCGAUUUGUUGGACGUUUUAUUGCCUUGGCAUUGUAUCAUGCCCGGUUUAUUGACAGUGGAUUCACAUUACCCUUUUAUAAACGUAUGUUAAAUAAAAAUCUCACUUUGGCUGAUAUUGAAACUGUCGAUUUAGAAUAUUAUAAUUCACUGAAAUUUAUUCAGGAGAGUAAUAUUGAUGAAUGUGGUCUUGAUGUCUACUUUGCUAUGGAUUAUGAAAUAUUAGGCGAGAUACGGACACAUGAAUUAAAACCUGGGGGAAAAGAUAUCUUAGUAACAGAUGAAAAUAAACAAGAAUAUAUUGAUCUCAUGGUAAAUUGGCGGUUUUCUCGUGGUGUAGAAGAUCAGACAAAUGCAUUCCUUACUGGCUUUGAAGAUGUUUUCCCACUUCAAUGGCUACAGUACUUUGAUGAACGAGAAUUAGAGGUAUUAUUAUGUGGUAUGCAACAAGUUGACGUCGAUGACUGGCAAGCGCAUACAAUCUAUAAGAAGUAUGAUGCACGAUCUCCACAAGUUAUAUGGUUUUGGAAAUUUGUUCGAGGAUUAACUCAACAGAAACGUAUCCGAUUAUUACAGUUUGUAACAGGGACUUGUCGUCUCCCUGUUGGAGGAUUUAAAAAUCUUAUGGGUAAUAAUGGUCCACAACCAUUUUGUAUUGAAUAUAUUGGCAAAGAAUCCUGGCUACCACGGAGUCAUACAUGUUUUAACCGAUUAGAUUUACCGCCUUAUCGAUCCUAUGAACAAUUAGCAGAGAAAUUAUCAUUUGCUAUUGAUGAAACUGAAGGUUUUGGACAAGAAUAA